CUUCUGCUGAAUAAAACAAAUGGUAAGACAUGUUUAUGUUUCAUUUGCUUUGCACCCAACUACACCAACUAAGUCAAUCCAACUAUUUGAUUUCAGUUCAUUCAAAUGGCGAUCAGUGUAACCUAGUUAUUUGAAUAGUAGAUAUUGUGAAUUCAUACGACCAAUCAUCGAGUAUCUGAUAGUAAACGUUAAAAAGAAAGAAAAAGAAAAUGUAAAAAGGAAAAAUCAAAUUAACCGAAAGGAAAACAAGUGAGAAAAUUCCGAAAAAUCCUUUGUCCUAGUACCAAGUGCGCAAAUUAUGGCCAAGCUAAUUGCUACUAUUAAAGCCAUAAUUACUCGAGUGCUGUUCGGUACACACGGUUUCAUAGCGAUAUGGCAAGUGGCUAGGAAUAAAGACAAUCCCGUCUAUUGGUAUUUGUGUGCACCGAUUGGUCUAUUGGUAUUGGAAGGAUUAUUUACGUUGGCAAUAAAAAAGAACCAGGAAUGGCGAUGGUUCUGUCCUUCAGUAUUCAUUUACCUGAGCAGUGUGGUGCCGGCAAUCUGGCUUUUAGAAUUGGACAAAAUUGAACGAAGAUUACGCUUCCAGGAAGAGACAGGAAAUCUCAAUCUAACUGCAAUCGACUUAAAGAAAUUGGACAAAUUGCUCGGCGUUCAAAUCAAAUUGCCCGACAUUCAAGUGGAUCCAUCAACAUGGAUUACGUUAAUCGAACAAUUUUUGAUGCUUGUACUCAUCGUCGGUAGAUGGAUGUUACCGAAAGGUGACUUGACUAGAGAUCAAUUGAGUCAGCUGUUGUUGGUGUACAUUGGCACAGCGGCGGAUAUAAUUGAAUUCUUUGAUUCGUACAAAGACAAUACCAUUGCAAGUGAAGCUUUGCUGGUAUUUUUAACGUUGGGCAUAUGGUCGUGGAGCCUCCUUCAAUUUACGAUUGUUUUGUCAGCAACGAGAUCGAGGAAACCACGAGGAGGAUCAAGCUCGAAAGAUCUUGAAGCUGAAUCAAAUGAUUGCUGUGGCGGCUGCUGUUGUUCAAUCGACGUAUGGGGUAUAACUUUGAAUAUUCUAUUACAAGAUGCACCAUUUUUAGCAUUUCGUCUUUUGAUCAUCAUUCACUAUCGCAUAAUCAGCUACAUGAACGUCUUCUUCACGUGCAAAAAUACUCUCGUAAUUUUACUGCAACUCUAUCGUCUUUACGUGGUUCACACGGAAAACAGAAAAGCGAAUAAGAAGAAAAUGCUUGCUGAACGGGACCGAUCGAAGAAGCGAAAUGAACUGAACGAAAUGAACCAGUUCAACGAUAUCUACAUCAUUUCAAGCGGAAAAUUUGAUAAGAAAAAGCAUAAGAGAAACACCAUUGCGGACAUCAGUGAUAAUGAAAAUAGACGCCGGCGCAAAACACACGGAAAAUCGAAUACCGCACCACCGAACACGUCAUCAACAUCAACACGCAAAGAUACGGGCUACUCUACGGCCAGUUCACAAGCAUCACACUCGUCAAACGAUGAUCGACACAAAACGGUUCAUCACCAUCAAUCAAAAGACAGUACCAAGAGCCGGUCCAAAGAGAAACGACACAGUUCAAAGGAAAAGCGUUCCAAGGAACCGGAAUCCGACCGGCGUAGUGGAAAAAAGCGGAAAAGUCAUCGAAAGAAGCAUUCGUCUUCGGAAGAGAUAAGAAAAUCGAAAAGUUGCAAAGAAGUAGAGGCAUUUACUGAAGAAUCAUCAGAUUCAAGCGAUAGCUCCACUAAAUAUGAAGUUGUUCACGAGAAGAAGCAGCAUAAACGAGACAAAAAUAAAAAGAAAAUGUCGACAUCAAGUUCGUAUUCGUCGGAGUAG